GCAUGGGGCUGCAGAGGAGUCCUCGAGCCAGCAGCUGCAAGGCCUCAGAAGAUGAUCCUAGGGAGGAAAAUGUGGCUGAAACUGCUGUGCUACUUCCUGUGGAUUUGGUCCUGUCUGGCCUAUGUUCAAUCCGUGCCUAUCCAGAAAGUCCAGGAUGACACGAAGACCCUCAUCAAGACCAUCGUCACCAGGAUCAAUGACAUUUCUCACACGCACUCCGUGUCCGCCAAGCAGAGGGUUACUGGUCUGGACUUCAUCCCUGGGCUUCACCCCAUCCUGACUUUGUCCAAGAUGGACCACACGCUCGCGGUCUACCAACACAUCCUGAGCAGCCUGCCUUCCCCAAACGUGCUGCAAAUAUCCAACGACCUAGAGAACCUCCGAGACCUCCUCCACCUGCUGGCCUCCUCCAAGAGCUGCUCCCUGCCUCCGACCAGUGGCCUGCAGAAGCCGGAGAGCCUGGAUGGCGUCCUGGAAGCCUCACUCUACUCUGCAGAGGUGGUGGCUCUGAGCAGGCUGCAGGGGGCUCUGCAGGAUAUUCUUCGUCAGCUGGACCUGAACCCUGAAUGCUAAGCUUUGGAGGAGCACCAGCCUCCCACGGAGCACGUUGAGGGAGGAAACCUCGGCUUCCAAGUGUCUUCAGGAGAUUCAUGUGUGCACACCCCUCUUCCGGGACUCUGUCUGUUUCUCUCACUCCUCUAGAUCACCCUUCCAAAGGCAUGACUCCACAACGCUUGACUAAAGACACACACAACUCCAUGAGCACUAGGAGGAGGCGGGCUGCAGGGGUGAUUCUCUCUAGUUCUAAAGCAAGUAUAGAUAAGAGCUGCCCUGUCCCUCCCAGCUCCACCCCUCCGUAGUGCUUCCCUGUGGCCCAGGGGAUGUGAGGAAGGGGAGGGCAGAGAGUUUGGAGUGUCUCAGUCUUCGGGAGCACCAUGAAGGCUGCAUCGACACAGCUGGAAACUCCCAAGCAGUACACAUUGGAAGCACUUCUACAUUUUACUUUGGAUGGAUGUGAAGCAAAGCAUCAGCUAUUUCAGGCUUUGGGGUCAGGCCAGUGUUAGGGGGGCUCCUGGGGUGCUGUUUCCAAUCCCAUCGAUAGGUCUGCCUGAGGCAAACCUAUUUUGAGUGACUGGAAGGUUGGGGCCCUCCUAGCAAGAGCCAGCAGAGGUGGCUCUCAAGUCACCCUCUGGUGACUGGUUUUGUUUCUAUCAUGACUGACUUGGUGCAAACACCUUUGCAGUGGCAGUGCCUGGAGCGUAGGCUAGGUUACCAUGAAAAGAUAAAUUUUGUCAAGUGUGAUACAGAUCUACACCUGAGGGUAGGGAACGUGUUAGAGGGAGGGGGGAGGAUCCAGAAUGUGUUCUCUGAAAGGGUGAGGGAGUUAACUCACCUCCUGUAGCCACCUAGUGCGAUUUUGUGAAAAGAACAAAGGAGUUGGCUCUUUCAGCACAUCUGAGGUGUACCUAGCACCUUCGAGUGGGCUAAAGCUACAUUUGCUGGCAUAUUGCUGAGCUCAGGUCGUGGCAGCCCCACACUUGAGACCGUGAUCCCAAGGAAAGGGUCCCUGGCGUGGCCCUCCAAAGUUGUUCAGGGUCGCUCUCCCAGAGGGGUUCUCUGCCGGGCACUGCCCCGCGGGUGUUUGCAUGUCAGUCUGUGCUUCUCAUCCGAUUGGCUGAUCCAAAGUAAAACCAGGUUUCCCACCCAUCCCAACUCCCGCUGGGAGUUCCUUCCCGUGGGAAUGAGAAAUUAUUUAGCAGAUGGUCCUGAGCCUUGGGCCGGCACUGCUGAGGAAGUGCCAGGGCCCCAGGCCAGGCUGCCAGAAUAUCGCCCUUCGGGCUGGAGGUCAGGUUCAGAAGGAAGAACCAAAGGGCGUGAGUUUAUAUCCACCACCCUGCGUCCCUACGUCCCCAUCACACUGUGAGCGGCGGACGGAGGCCAGAAAACCUGACCUGAACUCUACUCUAGAGACUGAGCGCGACUUCGUGCUCAGCCUUGACUGGUGCUGUGGGCUAGAGCUCACCAAACAAACCUGAAAAUCAGGGUGGCCCGCGUCGCCGCGGCAAGACCCGACUCACUGGCAUGCAGGGUGGCACUUCACCUCAGCAGCCCCACACAGCUGCAACGCCGCCUUCGGGGGGACACCACCUGAGCUGGGGUGGCACUGCAGAGGCCCGCCCGCCCGCCCGCCCGCCCGCCACAGCGCCUGCACACUUUCCAGGCACACCACACCCACUGCUACUGUAGCACAACCUGUUGACACCGAGAACUGGGGUCGUGAAAGCAAGAAAAGGGCUUUGGAUUUUAGUCUCUUCAGGCUUAGUAUAGGCGAGUAUAUAUAACGAGGUAUCUUUAGGGGUGGGACCCAACUAUAAACAUGAAACUCAUUUAUACUUCAUAACCCUCUACACACAGCUCGAGGGUGAUCUUAUUCAGUGCUUUUUAGAUAAUGUUAUGUGCAUGAAAGGAGUUUUCACGGUGUGAAAUUUUCUACAUGUGGCAUCAUGUCAUCACUCAAAAAACUUUUGAUUUUGGAGCAUUUUGGAUGCUGGGUUUUCUGUUAAGAGAUGUGUAGCCUAUAUCUAAAACUGUAAGGGCAACCAGGUGGCAGGACCAGACUCAGAGAACCAGAUCCUCAGCCCCCAAGUGUGCCCCUCCAGCCAGCUGACACCCUCUUAGGGGAACCGGAUCAGGCUUUGGGGGGAAUCUGGGGUGGAUUUUGGAGGCGGCGAGGGAGGUGGGUCUGCUGGAAGGCCGUUGGUUUAUCGGAAGCUUGCUGUGUGGAGAGGGGAAGUACAGCUAGGAAGCGACGAAGACAGACUAGGGCUGACAGAAGAAUGGAAAGGGAACGGAGAGGGCUGAUUGGGCCUCAGAAGUGGGCAUCUGGAGUCCCAAGUGCCACAGUCUGGAGCAGAGGCUUGCGGCUGGCGUCAGACCACUCCGGAUCUGUGCGAUGAUUCCUUGGCCACAUCAAGCUGGACUGCCCCGAGCCCCUUUGCUCAGAAAACCCUGCAGUCUGGCUCAUCGCCAGGUUGUGAAAACUCCUAUAUGCAAAAUCUGCUUGGCUUUGUUUUCUUUUUAAAUGUAUAACAACAGAUGUUUAUCUUCUAUAAACUCAAAUAAAUUAACGAUGCCUUA